AUGUUGGGCCUGCCAGAUGAUCGAUGGGUGGAGCAGAUGAGCGCGCAGGCGCUUCCCACCUGCCAGCCCUUUCGCUUGCGGCACCGUGCGGAUGUCGCUUUCAUCGUCACCAUGGGAGCGCGCAUCAUCCAAAUGCAAUCUGGCUUCGCGAUGCUGGAGUCUGCAUACGCUCAGCCGAACAACUCGGCCAAUAUCAUGAUGAAAAACAUGCUGGAUCUCUUCAUCGGUGUUCUGGCCUUCUACUUGUUUGGCUAUUGCAUUGCCUACGGAGACACACAUGACGUGGGCUUUGCUGAUACGGGUUACGACUUGGCGCAUUGGUUUUGCAGCUUCUCUUACGCGACCACGGCAGCCACUAUCAACAGUGGUGCUCUUGCCGGACGGGUGGCCUUCUUCCCGUACUUGGUCUUAUCGACAGUGAUGACAGGUGUCGUGUACCCGAUCUCCGCGCGCCUCGUCUGGGGCGGCGGCUGGCUCCAGCAGAUGGGCUUCGUCGACUUUGCAGGCUCGGCCACCGUUCACUUGGUCGGGGCCGUCAGCGCCGUGGUCGCCACGUGCUUCGUCGGCCCACGCAUUGGGCGCUUCAAGGAGUACCGUGCGUGGAGAGCGCCCUGGAACGUGAUCUUCCUAGAGAAGAACGACGACAAGUACUACCGGGAGCCCGAGGCGCCUGUCGAGAAGAAGGUCUUCGUGCCUUUCCGCCGGUGCAGGCACCCAGUGCAGCUGCUCUUCGGCACCUUCCUCCUGCUCGUGGGAUUCCUGGCCUUCAACCCUGCCUCGACCUUUGCCACCACAGCCGACAAGGACCUGACCGUUGCCUACAGCUCUGUCACGACGCUCUUGGCUUCAGCGGGAGCGGGAGUGGGAGGCAUGCUCUUCUCCGUCGUGUCGGCACGGGCAGCAGUGGUGCGAGUCCCUGAGCUGACGAAUGCCGUGGUCGGAGGCUUGGUAGCCAGCUGCGCAUGUUGCUCGGUCAUCCCCAUUCCGAUAGCUCCGCUGGUGGGGUUCGUGGCUGCCCUGCUGACAUUGAGCUUCGAGGAGUUGCUCGCAAGGUUCCAGAUUGACGAUGCUGUUGGCGCUGUCGCUGCUCACGGCCCAAGUGGCGCUUGGGGAACGCUGGCAGUCGCUCUCUUCGCAGAUAAGCACUGCGGCGAUAAUCACGACUAUUCCGGUAUCUUCUUUGGGGGCGGCGAUGCAGCUUGGCGCCUUUUGGGCGUGCAGGCACUUGGCAUUUUGGUGCUCAUGGCCAUUUCCCUGACCUCCACCUACUUAGUCGUGAUGUUGGUGGACCUCCUGUUUGGAUUCCGUGUCUCGCGGGCCUGCGAGCUGAUCGGCCUGGACUUCUGGGAGCACCAAUUCGACGAUGGCAGCUUGGAUGCCGGCAGUCACAAAGCCACGCUCUAUGGCCUCUCGAAGAUGCGCGAAGAUCUCAGUCGCCGAUCUCGGUACCUGGAGGUGUCCCCGAGAAAGUGGUGGACCCUCCCCAAGAGCCUCUCCGGUUCUUCGUCUGCGCCUGGGGGCCUCAGCGAGGCCUCCACCGCCGGUACCGAUGCGGAGCAAAGCACGGCGGCUGCUGAGGGACAGGCCUUGGCUGGCUCGGACCGAAAAAUGGAGGAGCUGAUGAGGAAAGUCCAGGCCUUGGAGCAGCAGAUCUCUCUGCUCACCGUGGGGGCCUUGAGGAAUGCCCAAUCAGCCGAGCCCGGGACCUUCGAGGACAUCUGCGGCCGGGGCGUGCGAAGCGAGAUCUGCAUUCCGCCGUCGCCCACGGAGCCCAGCGCGAGUGAACCCAAAGCACACAAAGUCGUUCCUUAA